CGGGGAGGGAGGCAGUGCGCAUCGGUCACUCCCAGCGCAGUGUGUCCAGCCUCUCUCUCGCUCAUUGCGCGCUGCGGACUCCACAGGCGGUGAAGUUUAUCACGUAUUCUUUUAUCGCAGGGCUUCAGAGGAAGCCGCCUCAUGAGGAAGUGUGAACGGUGAAAAGGCGAAAGGUCAGAGGGCAGGAUGACGACAGUAGCCGCAGAAUACGAGCACAUGGACAUCCAGCAGCAAUACCAGGAAAGUGUCAACAACCGCUGGGAAGACGAAUGGGACAAUGAGAACAGCUCGGCCCGAUUAUUCGAGCGCUCGCGCAUCAAGGCUCUGGCAGACGAGCGAGAGGCCGUGCAGAAGAAGACCUUCACCAAAUGGGUGAACUCACACCUGUCUCGCGUGUCGUGCCGGAUCACGGAUCUCUACAUGGACCUGCGGGAUGGACGGAUGCUCAUCAAGCUGCUGGAGGUUCUGUCCGGAGAGAGACUGCCCAAGCCGACGAAGGGCCGCAUGCGGAUCCACUGUCUGGAGAACGUGGACAAGGCCCUGCAGUUCCUCAAGGAGCAGCGCGUGCAUCUGGAGAACAUGGGGUCACAUGAUAUCGUGGACGGAAACCACCGACUCACGCUCGGACUCAUCUGGACCAUCAUCCUCCGCUUCCAGAUUCAAGACAUCAGCGUUGAGACAGAAGACAAUAAAGAGAAACGCUCAGCCAAGGACGCGCUGCUUCUGUGGUGCCAGAUGAAGACCGCAGGCUAUCCCAACGUCAACAUCCACAACUUCACCACCAGCUGGCGUGAUGGAAUGGCUUUCAACGCCCUCAUUCACAAACACAGGCCAGACCUGAUUGAUUUCGACAAACUGAAGAAGUCCAACGCUCACCACAACCUGCAGAACGCCUUCAACCUGGCGGAGCAGCACCUGGGGCUCACCAAACUCCUGGACCCAGAAGAUAUCAGCGUAGACCAUCCCGACGAGAAGUCUGUCAUCACUUAUGUCGUCACAUACUACCAUUAUUUCUCCAAGAUGAAGGCGCUGAAGGUGGAGGGCAAGCGUAUCGGAAAGGUGCUCGACAACGCCAUUGAGACGGAGAAGAUGAUCGAGAAAUAUGAAUCUCUGGCGUCUGAUCUGCUGGAGUGGAUUGAACAAACCAUCAUCAUCCUCAACAAUCGCAAGUUUGCAAACUCUCUGGUUGGAGUCCAGCAGCAGCUGCAGGCCUUCAACACUUACAGGACCGUGGAGAAACCACCCAAAUUCACUGAGAAAGGCAACCUGGAAGUGCUUCUGUUCACCAUCCAGAGCAAGAUGAGGGCCAAUAACCAGAAAGUGUACAUGCCACGAGAGGGCAAGCUCAUCUCAGACAUCAACAAGGCGUGGGAGCGUCUGGAGAAGGCGGAGCACGAGCGUGAGCUGGCGUUGAGGACCGAGCUGAUUCGACAGGAGAAGCUGGAGCAGCUCGCCAGACGCUUCGACCGCAAGGCUGCCAUGAGAGAGACCUGGCUGAGCGAGAACCAGCGCCUCGUUUCCCAGGACAAUUUCGGAUUCGACCUCCAGGCGGUCGAGGCAGCUACCAAAAAACAUGAAGCCAUCGAGACGGACAUCGCGGCGUACGAGGAGCGCGUGCAGGCGGUGGUGGCCGUGGCCAGAGAGCUGGAGACGGAGAACUACCACGACAUCAAGCGCAUCGCCGCGCGCAAAGACAACGUGCUGCGUCUGUGGGAGUAUCUGCUGGAGCUGCUCAAAGCGCGCAGACAGCGGCUGGAGAUGAACCUCGGCCUGCAGCGCGUCUUCCAGGAGAUGCUCUACAUCAUGGACUGGAUGGACGAGAUGAAGAUGCUGCUGCUGUCUCAGGAUUACGGGAAGCAUUUGCUGGGAGUGGAGGAUCUGCUGCAGAAGCAUGCUCUGGUGGAGGCCGACAUCGGCAUACAGGCCGACCGCGUCAAAGCCGUCAACGCCAACGCACAGAAGCUUGCCGUGGAUGAGGAGGGUUACAAACCCUGUGACCCUCAGGUCAUCCGUGACCGCGUGGCCCACAUGGAGUUCUGCUACCAGGAGCUGACCCAGCUGGCAGCGGAGCGUCGCGCCCGUCUGGAAGAGUCCCGCCGCCUGUGGAAGUUCUUCUGGGAGAUGGCGGAGGAGGAGGGCUGGAUUCGCGAGAAAGAGCAGAUACUGUCCUCGGACGACUGCGGUAAGGAUCUGACGGGCGCCGUGCGUCUGUUGAGUCAACACCGCGCUCUCGAAGACGAAAUGAGUGGCCGCGCCGGCCACCUCCAGCACACGGUGCGCGAAGGUCAAGCGAUGGCUGAUGCUGGGCACUUCGGCGAAGCCAAGAUUCGCGAACGUAUCGCAGAUGUCCAAGCCCAAUGGGCCGCUCUGGAGCAACUGGCUGCGGUGAGGAAAAAGCGCUUAGAAGAGGCUUGCAGCCUUCAUCAGUUCCAAGCUGACGCGGACGACGUCGACGCCUGGACUUUGGACGCGCUUCGGAUCGUCUCCACCGCUGACGUUGGCCACGAUGAAUUUUCCACUCAAGCUUUGGUCAAGAAACACAAAGACGCGUCGGCAGAGGUUGCUAGUUAUCGCCCGGUGAUUGACGCCCUUCACGAACAGGCCCAAUCCCUGCCUCCCGAACAGGCCCAGGCUGCCAACGUCAGCGAACGGCUAGCGGGCAUUGAGGAACGCUAUAAGGAGGUUUCAGAGCUGUCCAGGAUUAAGAAACAGGCCCUGCAGGAUGCCCUGGCACUCUAUAAGAUGUUCAGCGAGGCGAACGCGUGUGAGCUCUGGAUCGACGAGAAGGAGCUGUGGCUCAACAGCAUGGAGAUCCCAGAGAAACUGGAGGACCUCGAGGUCAUUCAACACAGGUUUGAGAGUCUGGAGCCUGAAAUGAAUAACCAGGCGUCACGCGUGGCCGUUGUCAAUCAGAUCGCCAGGCAGCUGAUCCACAGCGGACACCCGAGUGAGAAAGACAUCAAAGCCCAACAAGACAAACUCAACACCAGGUGGAGUCAGUUCCGCGACCUGGUGGACCAGAAGAAAGAGUCCCUGAACUCAGCCUUGGGCGUGCAGAACUACCACCUGGACUGUAACGAGACCAAAUCCUGGAUCCGUGAGAAGACCAAAGUCAUCGAGUCCACCCAGGAGCUGGGCAACGACCUGACGGGCGUAAUGGCCCUCCAGCGCAAGCUCACCGGCAUGGAGCGCGAUCUGGCCGCCAUCGAAGCCAAACUGGGCGACCUCCGCGGCGAGGCGGAGCGCUUGGCCGGCGAACAUCCCGACCAGGCCAAAGCCAUCACAGGACGGCUGGCCGAGAUCACCGCCGUCUGGGAGGAGAUGAAAGAAACCCUACGAAACCGUGAGGCAUCUCUCGGGGAAGCCAGCAAGCUGCAGCAGUUCCUCCGAGAGCUGGAUGAUUUCCAGUCCUGGCUUUCCCGCACGCAGACGGCCAUCGCGUCCGAGGACAUGCCCAACACGCUAGCCGAGGCUGAGAAGCUUCUGGCCCAACACGAAGGCAUCAAGAACGAGAUUAACAACUACGAAGAGGACUACCAGAAGAUGAGGGACAUGGGCGAGAUGGUGACGCAGGGACAAACGGACGCCCAGUACAUGUUCCUGAGACAGAGGCUCCAGGCUCUGGAUACCGGAUGGAACGAGCUUCAUAAGAUGUGGGAGAACCGGCAGAACCUUCUGUCGCAGUCUCACGCCUAUCAGAUCUUCCUCCGAGACACCAAACAAGCCGAGGCCUUCCUCAACAACCAGUUUUAUGUGCUGAAAAAUAAGGCAAAUCCAAUAGAAGCACAUCUUAGCUUGACUGUUUUUGCGUCCUCUGCUCAGCUGUCCCUGUGGAUCAAUGAGAAGAUGCUGACAGCACAGGACAUGUCCUACGAUGAAGCUCGCAACCUGCACAGCAAAUGGCUCAAACACCAGGCCUUCAUGGCCGAACUGCAGUCCAACAAAGAAUGGCUGGACAAAAUCGAGAAGGAAGGGACGCAGCUGGUUUCGGAGAAGCCAGAGACAGAAGCCAUAGUGAAAGAGAAGCUGGCCACGUUGCAGAAGAUGUGGACCGAACUGGAAACUACGACUCAGACUAAAGCCCAGUGUCUGUUUGAUGCCAACAAAGCCGAACUCUUCACGCAGAGCUGCGCCGAUCUGGACAAGUGGCUGGUGGGCCUGGAGGGUCAGAUCCAAUCGGACGACUACGGCAAAGAUCUGACCAGCGUCAGCAUCCUGAUGAAGAAGCAACAGAUGCUGGAGAACCAGGUGGAGGUGCGUCAGAGGGAGGUGGAGGAGGCAAAAAUUUACUUAUCACAGUUUCCACAAAAACAUGAAGCAGCACAGCAAAUUGACAACAGGUGACUGAAUUUCACAAUAUUACUGUUUUACAGUAUGUACAGCCUCAGUGAGCAGAAGAAACUUCUUGUUGUGUGUCAUCGUGAUCAUUUGUGCUGCUAUUGUACAUUUAAUCCAAUUAGGUACAUAAUUAAAAACAGGUUUUCCACACACACACUUACUCAAACGUCCUUUAAUCCACAGACAUUACAGAAGGAGAUCCAGGGCCAUCAGCCGCGCUGCGACGACAUCUUCGAGCGCAGCCAGAGCAUCCUGAAGGCCGACAGUCCCAACGUGGAAGCCAUCCAAGCCCAUCUGUCCGACCUGCAGCAGCUGUGGAGCCUGAUCAUCCAGGAGACGGAGAAACGGCACGCCAGACUCGAGGAGGCCCACAAGGCCCAGCAGUACUACUUUGACGCAGCUGAAGCUGAAGCCUGGAUGAGCGAGCAGGAGCUCUACAUGAUGUCUGAAGAGAAGGCAAAGGAUGAGCAGAGCUCAGUGGCCAUGCUGAAGAAACACCAGAUCUUGGAGCAGGCGGUGGAGGACUAUGCUGAAAACGUGCACCAACUAUCCAAGACGAGCCGAGGCCUGGUGGCCGCAAACCACCCCGAGAGUGAGAGGAUCGGCAUGCGUCAGUCACAGGUGGAUAAGCUGUACGCCGGACUGAAGGACCUAUCAGAGGAGAGGAGAGGCAAACUGGAGGAGCGCUUCCGCCUCUUCCAGCUCAACCGGGAAGUGGACGAUCUGGAGCAGUGGAUCGCCGAGAGAGAAGUGGUGGCUGGAUCUCACGAGCUCGGACAAGACUACGAACACGUCACGAUGUUGGAGGAGCGCUUCCGCCUCUUCCAGCUCAACCGGGAAGUGGACGAUCUGGAGCAGUGGAUCGCCGAGAGAGAAGUGGUGGCUGGAUCUCACGAGCUCGGACAAGACUACGAACACGUCACGGAUCUGCUGGAGCUCAUCGACACACGCACGCAGAUUCUUGCCGCGUCCUACGAGCUGCACAAGUUCUACCACGACGCCAAGGAGAUUCUGGGCCGCAUCCUGGACAAGCACAAGAAGCUUCCAGAAGAGCUGGGCCGAGACCAGAACACGGUGGAAACCUUGCAGAGGAUGCACACCACGUUUGAACACGACAUUCAAGCUCUCGGGACGCAGGUCAGGCAGCUGCAGGAGGACGCCGUGCGCCUGCAGUCAGCGUAUGCUGGAGACAAAGCGGACGACAUCCAGCGGCGUGAGGGAGAGGUGCUGGAGGCCUGGAGGAGUCUGCUGGAGGCCUGUGAGGGCCGAAGGGCCCGACUACUCGACACCGGAGACAAGUUCCGCUUCUUCAGUAUGGUGCGGGACCUCAUGCUCUGGAUGGAGGACGUCAUCCGCCUCAUCGAGACGCAGGAGAAGCCCAGAGACGUGUCGUCUGUCGAGCUUCUCAUGAACAACCACCAGGGUAUCAAGGCUGAAAUCGAUGCCCGCAACGACAGUUUCACGGCCUGCAUCGAGCUGGGCAAAUCUCUCCUGGCACGGAAACACUAUGCAUCAGAGGAGAUCAAAGAGAAGUUGUUGCAGUUGACGGAUAAGAGGAAAGAUAUGAUUGACAAGUGGGAGGACAGAUGGGAGUGGCUUAGACUGAUUUUGGAAGUGCACCAGUUUUCACGUGACGCCGGCGUGGCAGAGGCGUGGCUGCUGGGACAGGAGCCGUACCUGUCCGGCAGAGAGAUGGGACAGAGUGUGGACGAGGUGGAGAAGCUGAUCAAACGUCACGAAGCCUUCGAGAAAUCAGCCGCUACUUGGGAGGAACGCUUCUCAGCUUUGGAGCGACUGACCACGUUGGAGUUAUUGGAAGUGAGAAGACAGCAAGAGGAGGAAGAGAGGAGGAGGAAACCGCCCACACCGGAGCCGGUCCAGGCGCAGGACGCAGAAACACAGCAGAGGAGUCCAAAAACGUCUAGUGGAGUCGAUUUUUUGUGUUCGUUUGAGGUGAUUUACCGUAAAAUGAUCUGCAAAGACUGUAUGACGGGUCUGUUGUCAUGCACUUCCAGUAUCUCUGUUGGAUGGCUGAUGGUGUGUUGGCAGGAUGGAGUGGAGGGCGAGAUGAACGGAGUGGCUGAGAGGAGCUCGAAGGAGCCCAGUCCCAUCCCGUCUCCGAGCGCAGACCGACGGGCCAAAGGCAGUCAGUCAGCCACGCUGCCGGCGAAGGGUCAGGAGACGACGUCUGCGCAGCUGGAGGGAUUCCUGCACCGCAAACACGAGUGGGAGGGCCUCAACAAGAAAGCCUCCAGCAGAUCCUGGCACAACGUGUACUGCGUCAUCAAUAACCACGAGAUGGGCUUCUACAAAGACAACAAGAGCGCGGCGCAGGGCGUCCCGUACCACAGCGAGAUCCCCAUCAGCCUGAAGGACGCCGUCUGCGAGGUGGCCAUCGGCUACAAGAAGAAGAAGCACGUCUUCAAGCUCAGAGUUACUGAUGGAAAUGAGUAUCUCUUCCAAGCCAAAGAUGAUGAGGAGAUGAACACAUGGAUCCAGGCCAUUCAGAACGCCGGCAGCGGCUCCUCGUCCUCUGAGAAGUCAGAGAUCACGCCUAGCAACCAGAGCACCCCCGCCUCCAGCCGUGCCCACACGCUCCCAGCAACCGUCACCCUGACGACCGAAUCCAGCCCCGGCAAGCGCGAGAAGGACAAGGAGAAGCGCUUCAGUCUCUUCAGCAAGAAGAAGCAGUAGACAACCGAAACAUUCGAUUCGCUCAUUCCCUCGAUUCUUUUACGACUUUCUGUUUGUGUCCGCCCACCUCCUCCAGUGAUAUCCCAGCAUGCAAAGCUCAUAAAGACGCCACAAUCUGUGCCUGAAAGCCCGCGAAUUGGGUCCAAAGUUGUACAAAACGCAAGGAAAAUCAAGAGUGUGUCGCGAUUCGGGAACGUCGGCGAUUCGAAUGCCGUUUUUUUACGCUCUUCCGUUUCUAUCGUGGUUGAUUUCGAAUUCUGACUAUUGCUAUCUCUCGUUUUUUGUAACUGUGUGUCAUUGAGGGGUCUGGAUAUUUAAAACAUUUCCUCAAUUUUUAUGAGGCUGUCUCAGAGAUUCGCCGAGUCUCUCUUCGUUGACAGUGAUGCUUCGAAACGAUUCCAUUAAACCGAUACAAUUCCACUUUAAUGUCAGAUUUGCCUUUUAACGACUAUAAGCUGAUAAACUAAUAUGAACGUAGAUUAACAUUGGCUUGAAGGCCUGGUAGACUUGUGUAAUUUGAUCAAAUCGAGGUGGCUCGUACCAAACGCUUUGACGAGCUGUAAGAGCGUUUGCUAUAUACAGAGAACUAG